AUGGAAAGCCAGCAGCGCCUGGAAGUGGGCCUGGAGGAGCCGGUGGAGGAGAAGAUGGACAGGGCCAGGCCUGGGCGUCGGCGAGCUUCGUCAGGUGAGGAGAGCCGGCGCGAGGGCCGAGCCGACCGUGCUACCUGCGCGGCUGGCGGCGGCUCCGCGGCGCGGUGGGGAGGGCGAGAGGGAGGGAGGGCGAGAGGGAGGGAGGGAGCGGCGGGGGCGCGCAUAAUGGAGAGCUCGGGGGCCGCACCCGCAGCUCUCGGCAAGCCUCGGCCGCCUGCCGCUUCUGCACCCCUUUGGUGUGCUCCCUCUCCUGGGACACGCUCCUUGAUUGUCUUCGGUCCAGCGGUCUUCUCUGCUGGCUAUAGCCGCUGUCCUGCCACGCCUUCCUCGCGAUUGCACCCGCGGUCACUUUCACUCCCACCUUCCCCGCACAAGAUGUCACUUUCCUCGGAUCCUUUGACCCCUCGCCUGGCCGGCUUCCCUCCUUCCUUUGGCUGGUCAGAGAAGCUGCAAGCGAGGAAGGCGGGGCUUGUGGAUCGCCCCGCAGCUCCUCGAUUGAACUCAGGACCUUUGGAAGAACAGUUGAUAACAAAGUUGUUAACUGUAAAGUCAGAGGAUGUUCUUGCUCAGUCACCACUGUCCAAACUCAGAGGCUCAGAAUGCUGGGAUUUCCCUUUGGAGGGGUGGACAAGAAGCCUAAGAAAUAAAGUCAUCUGUCUAGACCACAAAAACACAAAAGCUGCCCAUGGGUGUUCUCCUAAGGCAUUACCAAAAAGGCAUCUCAGAGUUAUGUUGACGAAUGUUCUAUGGACGGACUUAGGACGAGAAUUCAGAAAGACCCUGCCUAGAAAGGAUGCUAAUUUAUGUGCUACCAGCAAGGUGCAAUCAGACUCAUUGCCUUCGACAUCUGUUGACAGCAUAGAGACAUGUCAAAGAUUAGAUCCUCUUCACCAAAGCCUUAAUUUAUCUGAAAGGAUACCCAGAGUUAUACUGACGGAUAUCCGGCAAACAGAAUUAGGAAGAAAAUACUUAAAGAUCCCACCUGUAACUGAGGCCAGUUUGGGUGAUACAGCCAACCUGAAAUCAGAGCAACUUUCUUCAUCAUCUGAUGGCAGCUCAGAGUCUUGUCAGAGUGUAAAUCAUCACAAGAGCUUUUUAUCUGAAAGGGGCCCCAAACCAAGUAGGACAGGCGAUGUUCCUGCAAAAGAGGCUGCAGGUGGGGAACAGAAGCAGGGCGAUGAUGGAGGAGUUGCUCCUGAGAUGGCUACUCCUCAGCCUAAAGACUUUAAUAGUGGAAAUAAAGGUUGUGAUUAUCUUGAAGAGGGGACCAGCAACAAGAGCACUUCGUAUUCUUAUUCAGAAAUGGACCAUACUCCAGUUUCCAGGAAGAGAAAGAAAAGGGGUAGAAGUAAUUUUCAUGAUUCUCAUAAUUCUAAGUCUUCUUUGGAUAAGCCAACAGAAUAUAUAAAAGAAGAAGAAAAUGACUCUUCAGUCUCCUGUAAGCUUGAAGAGUCCAGUGAAGACUCUCACCAGGACCCAGUGCCACCUGAGGGACUCACACCAGACUCUGUAGACAGCGAGGCCACUAACGUGUGCUCACUCGCUGGUCAGAAGCCAGAUGCUAGCGCUGCCUCUGGAAGGGCCUCUCCACCCAUCAAAAGCUCGGAGAGCUCUGCUUCUAGUGAAGUGGUGGAGAAUUCUUCCGUGGCUGUGGAGGGCGAGGCGUUGACUGUAAAGGAAGCAUCUCCUCCAGGUGGGAAUAGUGAAGAGAGCCAAUUGUUGAUCUCAGCUGAGCCAAUUGUAGUUUCCAGUGAUGAAGAAGGACCGGUUGAACAUAAGAAUUCAGUAAUUCUAAAAUUACAGCCUCAUCAAGAUUUUGAUAUUAUGAGUGAAAAUCAGAGUACUUCUGAUCCACAGUUGUCAGAACUAACACUAGGUGCAUGUGAAUCUGUCCAGGUAACAUCUGAAUUAUGUUCAUACAAUCCUGACAUAGAAAACAUUUCCUGUAUUAAAUCUAAUAGUGAAAUGGAUCUGAAAUUGGAUUUCAUAUUUACUUGUGUGUAUAUUGGUAAAAUAAAAGGAACUUCAAAAGGUUGUGUCACGGUAAGUAAAUCCUAUAUUGCUUUAUUUAUUUCAGUGUCCACAAAUGAGAUUUCCCUGACAGUGGACACCGCACGUUUAAAGAGGUUCGGGUUAUGGGAAAGCACAGAUGAGGACCACAGCAAGAGGAGCCACGCUAUCCUUUUCCUCUGGCUGUCCUCAGACUACCUUCAAGACAUUCAGACCCAGCUAGAAAACCCCAUGCUAAGCCAGCAAUCAAAAGCCAAUGAGUUUAUUUUCCUUGAAUUAAACAGUUCCAUUUCACAAAGAGAAGAAUUGAAAUUGAAAGAUAUUAUGAUGGAAAUCAGUACGACCAACGGAGAUUUACACCUGUCUUGUCCAUUGCCCUGGGUUCAGGCGCUGCCUUUGUUUCAGGAUCUCUCUCCACAAGAAAUCUCUUUUCUUCACUAUUACUAUGCUUCAGCUUCAGCUGUCCCUGCUGCUGCUGCUGGGGCAGACAUGAAGAAGAAGUCAGUGUCUCAGCCCUCAAAUUCAGACACCAUCAAGCCUACUUACACCUUCCUACAUAAACAAAGUAGUGGUUGCUACUCGCUCUCUAUUACUUCAAGUCCAGAUGAGGAAUGGCGAGAAGUCAGGAACACGGGACCCGUUCAGAAGUUGAUUGUUUAUCCUCCACCACCUACUAAGGGAGGCUUGGGAGUAACUAAUGAAGAUCUGGAGUGUUUAGAAGAAGGAGAAUUUCUUAACGAUGUAAUCAUUGACUUUUACCUUAAGUAUCUUCUAUUGGAGAAGGCAUCAGAUGAACUUGUUGAGCGAAGUCACAUUUUUAGUAGCUUUUUCUAUAAAUGUUUGACAAGAAAGGAAAAUAAUUUAACAGAAGAUAAUCCAGAUCUUUCAGUGGCUCAGAGGAGACACCGAAGAGUGAGAACAUGGACUCGUCAUAUAAAUAUUUUUAAUAAAGACUACAUCUUUGUACCUGUUAAUGAAUCGUCUCACUGGUAUCUGGCAGUCAUUUGUUUUCCAUGGCUAGAAGAGGCUGUGUAUGAAGAUGGUCCACAAACUGUGUCCCAACAGUUCCAGGGUCAGCAGUCACAACAUGACCACAAAAUGACAGAUAAUGAUCCACAUACCACUUCAACUGUGUCCACGAGUGCAGAGGAUUCCCAAAGUACCGAGACGAAUAUGUCAGUACCAAAGAAAAUGUGUAAGCGGCCAUGUAUUCUCAUACUAGACUCCCUGAAAGCUGCUUCUAUACAAAACACAGUUCAGAACUUACGAGAGUAUUUGGAGGUAGAGUGGGAAGUGAAACGAAAAACGCACCGUGAAUUCAGUAAAACCAACAUGGUCGACCUGUGCCCUAAAGUCCCUAAGCAGGAUAACAGCAGCGACUGUGGAGUCUAUUUGUUGCAGUAUGUGGAGAGCUUCUUCCAGGAUCCCAUUGUUAACUUUGAACUUCCAAUUCACUUGGAGAAAUGGUUUCCUCGCCAUGUAAUAAAGACCAAACGGGAAGAUAUUCGAGAGCUCAUUUUGAAACUUCACUUACAGCAACAGCAGGGCAGCAGCAGCUAGUUAAUCUGCGCACACAUGGCACUUGCUCCCUAAGCUUCCUGGAAAGCCACUUACCAGCAUCUGUGUCAGCUUACAGAGAAGAAAGUAACUCACAGUAUAUCACACAUGGUUAAAAUGUAUAUGUGAUCUUGUUCGAGUCCUUGGGCUCUCACAGCCGAAGGCGAUGAACAAAGCACGUAUAAGAUAGAAAUUAAAAUCUCAAAAAUAAGAUAUUUUUAUGACUAAAUAUGCUUGGAUUAUGCAAUAGCAUAUGUAAUGUGGGAAUGUUUUCCUAAGUAAUAAACCUAUGUGAUCUGUACUUCCACAUGACUGGGUGUUGAUGGGAGGUAGGCCCUCCCUGGUGCCAGCCCAGUGCUUGUCAGGUUUGUUGACAAGUCACAUCAUAUUGUAAUUCUGAUCUUUGCAGCUCAAGCAUGCAGUAUGAAUACUGUGUAUUUUUUUUAAAAAAGAACUUAGUAUCAAGGCUUCAGAAAAUGCCAUUCACGGCAUCUCUUCUGUAUAGUGUGGAAAAAAAGAAGAAAUAUCAUUAAAAAUUUACCCUUUCAAAGUGCA